UCUGAUUGGACAGGGCUGCUGUUACCGUCACGUUUUGCGUGCAUGCUCGCGCGUUUCUGAGUUAUAAAUGUGUGACGUCGUUUGGUUUUAAUUCACUGAAACCCUCUGUGUUUGAGCGCCGUGAUGACGUCACCCCCCCUCCCUCCACACUGGUCGGAGGUACGUUAUUUCCUGCUGAUCUGCUGUCGUCGUGGGUCGAUACUACGCUGCUGUACCCUCCUCAUCCUCUUCCUCCCCCUCCCCUCGCCCCGCCUGUUUCUCAGAAUGAAAAUUUAGUUUUUUUCUGACAUUUUUGGCGGUUUUUCUCGUGUCUCGUCUGCUGGCUGUGUGAUGUGAGCUGGAGACACAGGUAGCGGUCUCAACAACAAGCCGGGGAUGUAAAAGAAGAGCAGAGGGAGCAAAGCAGAGAAUCCGUGUCCCUGUUCCUCCUCCACCGCUGGGAUCAUGGUCCACCUGAAACCAUGGCGAGUCCUGCUGCUGUUCACCGUGCUGUGCCAACCGGGGACGUCAGAGAAAUACGGUUGCCUGUUUGAGAGAAAGCUGUGCACGAGGGAUCAGUUCUGCUCGGAUGACGGACUGUUCGGUCAGUGUCGUAGCUCUAAGCAGGAGCAGAUCCAGUUCCAGGUGACGGUUCCUGUUCUGAAGAGGAUGCAGGAAGUCCUCAAGCAGCUAAUGCUACAAGGGCUUUCCUGGCAAGAUGACAUCACCCAGUAUAUUUUAUCAAAGGAGCUGAAGAGAGUUCCCCACACCACCCAGCCCUAUAAGCCAAACUCCUCUUCCUCCUCUUCCUCCUCCUCUCAUUCCUCUCAGUCCAAACAGCAUAUCCCUCAUCACCACAGCUCCAAGUCUGGGUCCACAGCUCCCAGUGGCAAUUAUCUGGACUAUAUGAUUGUGGAACCUCCUCAGACCCCCCUUCACAUGCAGACAGCUUCCAUGGACCCGUACACAUACCACCAGCAUAGAUACCAAGAUGAAGUAGAGCGAUCUCUCAUUGGAGCUGGAGGCAGUUAUGCCCGCCCCUCUUCAAGGUCCCAAGCCAAUCAGAGAGAACGAGAGCGAGAGCGUGACAGGCAGCUGCUACAGGAAGCCUUGUCUCUCUACCUGGCGUCUCCACAGCCUUCUUAUCGCCACAGAGGGCCCGCUUCUAUGGCUCCUGCUGGACUGCCUUAUUAUGAAGAACUGAACCUGGAAAUUCCAGUGGACUAUGAGGAAGACUACACCCUGGAGGAGAGAGUCGAUACUGCAGGCAGACAGCAAGCACUGCAGAAUAAAAAAGCUCCUCAGGACCUCAGUACUCUGUCUGGAAACAAUGAUGGCCUGCUGCAGAGGAUGUCAGGGGUCCUGCAGAGGUACAGGGUUGAUCCCAGAGAGCUCAGCCAGGAGCAGCUCUACAAGCUAGCUCUCAUUCUGCAGCUGCUGCAGGCGCAGGAAAAGACAGAUCCAAUUGAGAAAGACCUCAUUACCCUGAAAGAGAUGCAGAUGUUAAAAACAGACACUGUCUCCAGUAAACCAGAGAAGCCUGCCCCUGCCCCUCCUGUCCCCUCCUCCCUCUCGGUCCCAGCUACAGCUCCAGCUAAAAGUACAAACCUUCCCUCUGCCUCCCAGCCCCCCCAGACGGCUCCUGUUGAAGCCGGCCAGGGCUCGAAGGAGGAGGGGCUUCCAGUGGUGGAGGGAAUGGGAGGGAAGGAGGAGUAUGGGUACAUCGUCACAAACCAGAGUCCUCUGAGUUUGUAUGAUGGCGUGAAACUGUUGGAGCUCCUGGCUGAUAAAAUACACCUGACAACCAGCAGCUUCAUCAACAUCAGUGUGGUGGGUCCUGCGCUUACGUUCCGUAUCCGCCAGAAUGAGCACAACAUGACGGCGGCCGAGGUGGCGGCUAAAGCUGUAUCAGAAAAGAACUUUCUGGAGUCUGAGACAGGCCUGAAGAUUGUUCAGACGGGUGUAGGAGAGAGGACGGAUGCACAGGGUCUCCCUCAGGUAACCCGGGUUUCCCAGGGCUCCAGUGGGACGGUCAUCACCCUUGUUUCCAUGGCAGUGGUCGGAGGCCUGCUGGUAUUGGCCAUGGCGGUGGCUUGUUUCAAACACUACACCCAGCAAGUGGCCAAUGGGAAGCUGGGUCUGGGGCCAGAGGGAGGAGCUGAAACACACUUUGACUAUCAGGAGCUGUGUCGGCAGCACAUGGCGUCCAAGUCGUCCCUGUGCCGUCAGGACUGUGUCGGUGGGAGCAUGGCGGGGUCCGCCAUACCUACGGGUGCCGGUGGUCGAAGGGGUACAGACACGUCUCGUGUCAGCAGUGUCUCCUCCCAGUUUAGCGACGGCCCCCAGCACAGCCCGUCCUCCACCCACAGCUCCACGCCAUCCUGGAGUGAAGAGCCAGCUCAGUCCAACAUGGACAUCUCUACUGGUCACAUGAUCCUCGCUUACAUGGAGGAUCACCUCCGUAAUAAGGAUCGCCUGCUGAAGGAGUGGGAGGCGCUGUGCUCCUAUCAAGCCGACCCCAGCUCAGUCGCUGUGGCUCAGAUCCCCACUAACAUGGAGAAAAACCGGCACCCUGAGUCCCUCCCCUAUGAUCACACUCGCGUGAAGCUGAAGUCUGAAGUAAACCCCAAUAAACAAGAUUACAUCAAUGCCAGCAUCAUUUUUGACCACGACCCUCGUCAGCCAUCCUAUAUUGCCACCCAGGGACCGCUGCCUCACACUGUGGCUGAUUUCUGGCAGAUGGUGUGGGAGAACGGCUGCACUGUGAUAGUCAUGAUGUCUGCUCUGGUGGAAGACGGGGAGAAACAGUGUGAGCGAUACUGGCCUGAUGAGGGCUCAUCACUCUACCACAUCUAUGAGGUGAACCUGGUAUCUGAGCACAUCUGGUGUAAGGACUUCCUGGUGCGUAGCUUCUACCUGAAGAAUGUCCAGACGCAGGAGACCAGAACUCUGACUCAGUUCCACCUGCUGAGCUGGCCGGCUGACGGCAUCCCCACCUCCACAAGACCGCUGCUAGACUUCCGCAGGAAGGUAAAUAAAUGCUACAGAGGCCGCUCCUGUCCUAUCAUUGUUCACUGCAGUGACGGCACUGGCAGGACCGGCACCUACAUCCUCAUAGACAUGGUUCUGAACCGCAUGGCUAAGGGUGUGAAGGAAAUCGACAUUGCAGCCACACUGGAGCACAUCAGAGACCAGAGACCAGGACUGGUCCGCACAAAGGACCAGUUUGAGUUUGCGCUGACAGCAGUAGCAGAGGAGGUGAACGCCAUCUUGAAAGCCCUCCCACAGUGAGGACACGCACAGACACAAACUCAAGGACACAUUCGUACCAUCCAGGCACGUUCACCUGACCGUCACUGUAAAUAAGGAACCGCUCUGACACACCUGGAGCCGGUACCGCCCUCCUUAUCAGCAUGCAGCUUCUCAUCCUCGGGGGUCUGAGUACAUUUCUGGGCAGAAGUCAAAAAUAAAACUCAUUUCUGCCACUGUGGCAAAAAUUUGAUCCCUAUAAUGACAUCCACCAGAGAAAUAUUAAAAAUACUGUGCCUAUGUUAUGCAGAUACAGUUUAAACCAUAGUUUCUACAUGACCCGGACCAGAUAAUAUACAUUUAUGUUGAUGAUCUGCUGAUUUUCCUGCAUCAGUUCUUUCUACCUGACAUUAAAACUCCACAGGUUCAUUAAAGUAAAAAAGAUUAUUUAAGCCGAACAGUAAUGUUUUGUUUUUCUGACUGUGCUUUUUUCUUGGUUUAAUGUUUAUAAUAAUUGUAAUUCCCUCCAUAGGAAAUCAGAUAUUUCUUGCUGAUAUGGUUUUAAUCUGCUUUAACUCUUGCGAGCGUGAUGUUUCAUGUCUGGUGUGUUGAUUUCUGCUGUUUUUAUUCGUCCACGCCUUGACAACAUGAUUGUUUGCUUCAUGCACUGAUCCUCUCAGACGACAGUCUGUUCGUGAACCACAAAGUCCACGCCACCGUCUCCCUCUCUGCACAAAGGGUUGUUUUGUUUGGGUUCUUUCUGCGUGUCCACGUUUGUGAUUUAUGUAAAUAAUUCAACCUGAUGAUUGUGAUUCUUUCAUGUAGCAGACAGAUAGAAAAUAUCUAUAAAAAUGUAUUUUUGACUUGACCUGAAUAAAUUUGUGGUGUGAUGCAGCAAAAAAGUCUCAUGGGUUGAUUUUC